AUGACGUUCGCCUGUAAAAGAGUGCUCCUUGUCGGGGCCACCGCUGGGAUUGGCGCUGCAAUUGGAGAUCGCUUGAUCCGCGAAGGGGCCAAGGUCAUCGCUGUUGGCCGCCGACAGGAACGACUCGACGCAUUUGUUGAGAAGCAUGGCAAGGACAAAGCCAGCGCUAUUCAAUUUGACAUCAGCGAAAGGUGCAAUAUCGACCAAUUCGUGCAGAAUGUCACAAACAGUUACCCGGACCUGGAUUGUGUCUUCUUGAAUGCAGGUGUCCAGAGUCCCAUCGACCUAGCAAAGCCAGAGAAGGUCGACCUUGCCGCGUUUCACUCCGAGGUUGAAGUCAAUUUCUCGUCCUUUGUCGAUUUGACUAUGAAAUUUCUACCGUUUCUACGGGGCAAGGAGACCGAGACGAGUUUCAUUUUCACUGGAUCGAACCUGGCAAUUGUACCUGCAGCCUUGUUACCUGCGUAUUCGGCUUCAAAAGCAGCCCUGAAUGUCUUUGUUCUUUGCCUACGCGAGCAAUUGAGGAAUUCGUCGGUCCAAGUCAUCGAGUUGUCGCCGCCUCCCGUCCAGACCGAAUUGCAUGAUUACAUGGGUGCAGAUCAGGGACGCCAGCUUGGCAUGCCGGUUGACAAGUUCUGCGACGCUGCCUUCGACGGUCUCCUCUCUGGCAGCGAUCAGAUCGUCAUCGGAUCCGUUGGGCCAGCACACGUUUUUCACGACAUCGUCGACAAGCGGCGAGAGGCAUUUGAGAAUCUUGCAAAGAUGAUGAGGGAACGACGCUGA